ACAUACACAACCAACUUACAAGAUCCAUCGGACCCCCAACCCCUAACCCAAAACACACGCACUCCGUCUGUGUCAGAUCUCUCUUGAGUCAGACCCAAUCGCAAAACCUCCGGAUUAAUCUCUCUCUGUAUCUCUCUCCUCUUUUCAAGUUAAUUUGGUAAGGUGCACCCAAAUGUCGGAAGUUAGAGACCCAGGGAUAAAGUUGUUUGGGAAGACGAUUGCUUUACCUGACAUUUCGGCCGCUGACUGCGGUGGAGCUUGUCUGGCACCGUCUACUGAUCCUGCCGGUCGUGAUGGGCCCACUCAAGAUCAUCCUUCUUCGUCCAAUUCUUCGCCCCAGGAGGACGAUUUGACUAGAGCUGGAGAAGGGCAAGAACCAGAGAAGGAUCCACCGGAAGGAAAACCAAUUGAUCCUGAAGAGGAGGAUGGUGCCCAAUCUCUGACUUCAGUGGAGUUAACUAAUGCUAAUGCAACUUCAGAGAUAAACAAGAGCUCAAAAACACUAUCUGUUGACGAUGAUGCUGCACCAGUGAGAAGUAUAAAAACUGAAGAAGAACAGAGUGAGACAAGUAACUCGCAAGAGAAAUCCCCAAAGAAACCAGACAAGAUACUUCCAUGCCCCCGCUGUAAUAGCAUGGACACCAAAUUCUGCUAUUACAAUAAUUACAAUGUGAACCAACCCCGGCAUUUCUGCAAGAAUUGCCAGAGGUACUGGACAGCUGGUGGGACAAUGAGGAAUGUGCCUGUUGGUGCCGGUCGUCGCAAGAACAAAAACUCUGCCCCUCACUACCGUCACAUAACCGUCUCAGAAGCCCUCCAGAAUCCCCGAGCAGAUGUUCCAAAUGGUAUUCACCACCCUGCUCUGAAUCCCAAUGGCACUGUCCUCACCUUUGGUUCAGACACACCUUUCUGUGAGUCAAUGGCGUCAGUUUUGAAUAUUGCUGAGAAUACAGUGGGGAACAGCUCACAGAAUGGGUUUCAUAAACCAGAACUAAAAAUUCCAGUUUCUUAUGUAGUUGGAGAUGAUGGCAAAGAUCACUCUAGUGGGUCUUCAGUCACUGCUUCAAGUUCAAAGGAUGAGGUGAGUAAAACUGUGCUGCCAGACCCACUGAUGCGGAAUUUUCAGAGCUUUCCUCCUCAGGGACAAUGCCUUCCUGGUGCUCCUUGGCCUUUCCCAUGGAAUACGGCUCAAUGGAACUCUCCAGUAUACCCACCACCUGCUGUCUGCCCUGCUGGCUUCCUUAUGCCAUUCUACCCUGCAGCACCUUAUUGGGGUGGUAAUGUGCCACAAACUUGGAAUGUCACUUGGAUUACCCAGCCUACGAUGUCUCAAGACCACUUGACCCCUACUUCUGGUCCUAAUUCCCCAACCUUGGGGAAGCAUUCAAGGGAAGACAGCUUGCUUAAAACAACCAACAUGGGGGAAGAAGAGCCACAAAAAGAAGGUAAUCCUGAGAAGUGCCUUUGGAUUCCAAAAACUUUGAGGAUUGAUGACCCAGGAGAAGCUGCAAAGAGCUCUAUAUGGGCGACAUUGGGGAUUAAACAUGAUAAAGCAGAAUCAAUUAGUGGAGCAGGUCUCUUUAAGGCUUUCCAAUCAAAGGGCAACGAAAAGGAUCACAGGGAAACCUAUACGGUUUUAAAAGCCAAUCCAGCAGCAUUGUACAGGUCAGUAACGUUUAAUGAGAGCUCAUAACUGGAUGGCUGGUAAAUAUUGUGAAUGAUACAUAAUGGUGGCAGCGGAAGCACAAGAAUUGUCCAGCCCAUGUGAAUAUGUCGACCUUGAAUGUCACUGGGCCUGAUUAGCCUGCUCCUUUUAGGAUAAUCAGUUAUCAGUAUGGACCAACUGGAAGAGAGCAUAAUAUAAGUCCUUUAAUACAAUCUCAAGAGAACGGAGAUAAGUUCGUUUGCUGAGCUCGCAACGGAUUCCCCUUGUCCUUGGGUGAAAGUUAAACUAGGUACUUUUAGGAUCCAAUUAGAUGUUUUGCUGAGUUUUGAGUUCAUGUACAUAUUUUUAUGUGGAAUAGUGAGCACAUAAACAGCCCGAGUUUGUGUACCAAAUUCCCAUAUGUACUGAAAUAAAGUUGGGAAUAAAAUUCAAACUUUUCAUGUACAGAGGAUUGUAAAUUUUAUCACAACAGGCUAUGCACUUCCCCUUUCGAUACCAAAG